GUUCAUUGUCGUCUUAUCAACAGCUCGCGUUUAUUUAGUACGAAAAAACGUUGUUAUCGCCGCCGCCGAAAACUCGGACGCAUCGCCGCCAAUAAUCGCCAUUAGCCGUUGUACAGUAAGUCUAUUGGAAAUAUCGUAAGAGUAACGGCGGAAAGAGUUAAUACGAAAUUGUUAUUCAUAUCGACAAGAUGGCAGGCGGCGUCAUACUUGAGAAUUUGAGCGGAAAGAAGUUGUUUGUGCUCGUAUUGUCAUUGCUCUUUUGCCAGCUAGCGUGUUUUUUGAUAGGUGGACUUGUCGCUCCUACGCCGUCCGCUACCGAUAUGGUAUUGGCGUCAAAGUGUUUGUACAAUGACAGCAAUCCAUGGUCGUACAUUAGAGGCGAAGGAAAAUGUUUCUCAUAUCACUCAGACAUCUAUAAAGACAACCCUGUCGCCAACACUAUGGCCAAUGAUAUUGUAUUCACUUUUCAAAUACCUACUCCACGCGACGGUCAGACAUUGGAUUAUUCUCGAUGGCAACAGAAUCUCAUAGGUGUCCUCAACUUUGACAUUGAGUAUCAUGUUGGCACUAUUAUGGAUCGUAAUCUUGAGAUAACGUUAGAUACCAAACUUGGUUAUCGUAAUAUAGGAGACAAGGAUGGGGAUUGGAAAUUAUUUGCUAAUUCUGUUGAGAAGCGUAAUCUUGAUUGUAUUUCAGAAGAGAAAAUAGAUGGUCAUAAUUAUCAAUGUGGGUUAGUACCGCUUUUUGAACUCGGAUCUUUACAUCAUGAUUAUUAUUUAAUCAAUAUAAAAAUACCAGUAGAUGAAGAAAAUGGAAUUAACUUUGGUUUAGGACAUUUAAAAGAUGUUUGGCUUGUGGUUAUAAAUCAAAAUGGUGGUUUUACUAGCGUAUGGCUUUAUAUGAAAACAAUAUUUUUCCCAUUUAUUGUUGCUAUAAUGAUAUGGUUUUGGAACAGAGUUCAUAUGUUGGCCCGAAAGCCAGUGUUGCUUGAACGCAUGUUGAUGACUAUUGGUUUUGCACUAACUCUUCUGAAUCUUCCUGUUGAAUUUUUGACAUUAUACUAUGAUAUGCCAUUCAUGUUGCUUUUGCAAGAUAUAAGACAAGGUAUAUUUUAUGCGGCAUUACUUUCAUUUUGGUUGAUUUUUGCUGGUGAACAUCUUAUGAUCCAGGAUUCUCAACAAAAAAAUCUACGCACAUAUUGGAAACAUUUGAGUGCAGUCGCUGUUGGUUGUAUUUCACUGUUUGUUUUUGACAUGUGCGAAAGAGGAGCUCAAUUAAGAAAUCCAUUUUACUCCAUAUGGGCGACCAAUACUGGCACAAAUCUAGCUUUAAGUUUCAUAAUAUUGGCAGCAUUAUCUGGUGGAAUGUACUUUUUAUUUUUAUCAUAUAUGAUAUGGAAAGUCUUCUGUAAUAUAAGCGCACGAAGAUCAGCAUUACCAUCUAUGUCAAAUGCUCGAAGGUUACAUUAUGAGGGCAGUAUUUAUAGGUUUAAAUUUUUAAUGAUAGCCACUCUACUAUGUGCUGCAUUAACUGUAAUUGGAUUUAUAUUGGGCCAGGCUUCAGAAGGACAUUGGAAAUGGAAUGAUACUAACAAUCUAAACUAUGCAUCAGCAUUUUUGGUUGGAGUCUAUGGAAUGUGGAAUAUUUAUAUAUUUGCACUCAUUGUUCUUUACUCUCCUUCUCACAAGCACUGGCCAUCAGAAAUUGAUGUGAACAACAGUUCGAGUGACACAAUUGAAUUUAGCCGUCUUCCUACAGAGCCAACAGAAAUGUCAUCUCUAGCUUCAUUCUCUAGAAAAUCUGCUUUUGACUGAACAUCCAUCCAAAUGCCAUGACAUCUUCCUAUGCCCUAAUUUUAAGUUUAUCAUGACAUUUUAAAUAUUUUCCUUACUUUUUAUUUUUAAGUCUGUGAUAGACAAACACAGUACAAUUAUCAUUAAUUUACACUUAAGAUCUUAUUUACAACAGUAUUAUUUUGAAUUUUUUUUUGUACUUUUUUUACUGUAUUUUAUUUUAGUUAGUUUAUGCCCUUUUAUAACUUUACUUAGUACUUUAAUUUAGUACUGAAUAUUUAUAAGUAACAACAUUUAAAAAUUUAAUAUGUGUUGUAUUAUUGUAUGAAUAUGUGUUUAAAUUACCUACUUAGAUUAAUACUAG